AUGUAAGUGCCAUGAUCUUGAACGCGCCGUUAAACCCGAUUUCACUUCAACUAUACAGCUUAUGACAUGGGUCAAAGUCCGCGCAUUAUUACCUACAUAAGGGUGGAACUUAUUUCGUUUCUACUAAUUCUCGUCAGCACUUUUGAUUUUCCCAACCAGGAAGUAUGGCGAUUAAAGACAUUUUUCUCAGGUGGAUUUCCUUCGGACUGGGCUGUUUUUAUUCAACAUUCAUUUUGUUCGCUCUACUUAUAUGGUUUGUGAGACACCCUAUCGCAUUUUUCACUCGUAAAAAACGAGAUGGGAUGCCAUCAGUUCUAAACAACCCGGACUUGGGGACGCAUGGCUAUGUUCAUUUGGAGGAGGUAAGGAUCCACUACGUUGCCCAGGGCGACGAGACCAAGCCGCUGAUGCUGUUCGUGCAUGGGUUCCCAGAGUUCUGGUACUCAUGGCGAUACCAGCUGCGGAAGUUCAAGAAGGAUUACAGGGUUGUGGCUAUUGAUUUGAGAGGCUAUGGAGACUCCGACAAGCCUUCCGGUGUUGCCAAUUACAAGGUGUCCAAGAUGGUGGCCGAUCUUAAACAAGUCAUCCCUGCUCUAGGUUACAAAUCAUGUGUGCUGGUAGCCCAUGACUGGGGUGGCGUUAUUGCCUGGACAUUCACUGCCAUGCACCCAGAACUGGUCGACAAACUGAUUGUAAUGAACUGUCCCCAUCCUGGCAUCUUUUACAGCUACAUGUGGAAGCAUUUGUCGCAGUUCAGGAAAUCUUGGUACACUUUCUUUUUCCAAGUUCCAUUUCUUCCCGAGUUUAUGCUGAGAAGGAAUGACAUGAAAAUUCUGGAAAUCAUCUUCACAGAGACAUGUAACACUGAGGAUGUAGAGGCCUACAAAUAUGCUUUCUCUAGACCAGGUGCUGCCACAGCUGCCAUCAAUUACUAUCGAGCCAAAAUCCAGUUCCCUGUGAGAAGGAUCCCUAAGAUCUCUUGCCCUGUGCUGACAAUCUGGGGCUGCAAGGAUGCCGCCCUUGAGACAGGCCUGGCCGCUGCUGCUAGUGCUGUUGUAGACAAUCACACGGUCAAAUACAUAGAGGAGGCAUGUCACCAGGUUAUUAUUGACACUCCGGACCAAGUAAACAGACACAUGACUGAUUUUCUAAAGUAAAUAUGUAACGCGCAGAUCCAUGGUAGAAACAGAUGCGAUUUUCUUAGGUAAGCCAUCGCAGAAACGCAGGAGAGUUUCUUAGGAAAAUAUGGAAUGCUCAGAUCCAUGGUUGAAACACAUGAGAUAUUAUUGAUAUAUUAUAUCAUUAAGAAAACAUGCAUGAAAUAAAGAUUAAUAUCAGAUGUAAAGUAGAUUCUCUGACGUGUGGCAAGUUUAAUUUAUCUUACUGAAAUUGUCAGAGCAAUGGGACUAGAUUCUUUCGUUAAGCUAUAAAAAAACACCACAAAUGUAUAACUGCCCCUUAUAGUAAUGUGUACAGAGGGACACCUUAGUUAAGGCGGACUUGAUACUUAAUCAUACGAAAAAAGCAGAUGACAUCCCUUGCAGUAACAUCAACCUUAUCAACCUGAUAAAUGUUACUGUCGCUACUAAAAUGAUACAGGUAAAUAUUUUGUUUUCUUUUUACUUGAUGAGAAAAUAGUUUUGAGAAUUAUAAAUAUGUUUUGAAGGGUGAUUGGUGCGAAUUUGUAUUUUUUGUUACACCUGUGUUCACGAUGCAGCAUAAUAAUUACCGGUGUGUAUCCCAGCUUGCCUUACUAAAGUGCCACACAUGUACACAGUUGACAGGUUAGCGCUGUGGUAGCAUCUGUGUAUCGCCUUGCUUUAUGUCAAGCCGUGAUACAGGAAUCAUAUUGUUAGUCUUGAUAGUCAGUCAUUCGACGGAUGUAUGCGAACGUUCAGUUCGUAAAAUCCGCCACAUUUGCUGUUGAAACGUCUACACUUCACGUAGAGUUAUUUUCAAAGAUAUAUACAUGUAUGUCUAUAAUGAGACCGCCAUGGGACUCAUCGGAGUAUGGUUACUCCAAGUGUGAACAGGGACUUUACAAGCAUGUGUUGUUACAUCAAACAUUAUGACAUUGAUAUCCAUACAUACAGGCCAUCUGGCUUGUAUGGAUUUUUACACGAUGACAACUGGCCGAUCAGUUACCUGGAUUCUUUUCCAAGUAAUAAUGAAGUCUUUUCAUCAGUUGUGUUUGCAAGAGUUCUCAAGACACUACUUUAUACCACUUUAGAUUUUAGCCUUUUAUAUUAGGCUAUUAACAUCUAAUAUACAGAAUGCUCUUUUUAAGGAAUUAUGCGUGUCUUAAAACUGAAAUAGAUAAAAUCAUCCGACCUCACUCAAUUAUUUUUCUUAAUAAAAACUAAUGAGAGAAAAAGUUUUCAGAUUACGUUUUGAUGUGACUGUAUAUGAUACCUUGUCAUGUAAAUGUAUAUAGAUUUUCAAUGCACAAAAAUCCAGGUGUCAGUGAUCAUAUUUGAAUAUAUAAUUCGUGUUGCUUGUCGUAAGAGGCGACUACAAUGUAUCCAGUGGUGACGUGGUUGAUUGUAUGUCAUCAACAUUCUUUGCUGAUAAGUCGAUCAUGGACUGUUAUCUCAAGGUUGAAACAGGGCAGGGUGGCCCAGUCGUCUGAGACGCCACGAUUCACGUGUAUCAAAAUGACCUAUUUCCAGGCAACAUGUACGCACUAAUCUGGCCAAUACGGCCCAUGUUAUCACGUGUUUACACUAUUACAAAACGUAACGAUAAGCUUGCAGUGUCAAUAUGAUGUUAACAAAGACAGACAGCAAUGUCAUCACACAUCACUUCAACAAUUAUAUUGUAUUACAUCACAAAUGGUGUCUGCAUAACGUCAACACUGCUCUAGGGCGAAUAAAAUGCUUAUUACACA